CACCACCAUGACAACAGAGAAGAGCCCAGCGGCAGACCCCGAAAACUCAGAGCGGCAGCAGGCGAAGGAGGAGGAAGGGGCUGCCAACACACAGAAGCAGGAGGCGUCCCCAGAGCAGGGGUCGGGGCCCAAGCAGAAGGCAUCCAACGGCAACACACCCACGGCUGAGGAGCAGGGCCGGAAGGAGCGCCGUGCCUCCGAGGGCCGCGGUCUCUCCCGCCUCUUCUCCUCCUUUCUCAGGAGGCCCAAGUCCCAGGUGUCUGAGGAGGACAGAGACACCGAUGUGCCCAAGGAGGGCGGAGGGGACCAGAAGGACUCAGGGGUAGGAGCCAACCCUGACGAGGAGGAGGAGAUCCUGGUGAAGGCCCCGAUUGCGGCUCCCGAACCGGAGCUGAAGACAGAUCCAUCUCUUGACCUCCACUCCUUAAGCAGUGCAGAAACGCAGCCUGCGCAGGAGGAGAGGAAGGAAGAGCAGGAAUCAGACAGCAAAGACCUCGAGGGCAAGGAAGGAGGUGAAGGGAAGGAGGAGAGCGCUGAGGCAGAGCUGAAGCCAGAGGCUGCAGAGCCCAAAGCAGACAAGGAUCUGAAAGCUGCCCAGAGAUCCAUAAGAAGACACAGAAACAUGUACUGCAAAGUUGUCUUGCUGGAUGACACCAUCUUUGAGUGUUCUGUGGAUAAACAUGCCAAGGGGCAGGAUCUACUUAAGAAAGUCUGUGACCACCUUAAUCUCCUGGAAGAAGACUAUUUUGGUUUGGCCAUAUGGGACACGCCAACCUCCAGGACGUGGCUGGAUCCUACCAAAGAAAUAAAAAAACAAGUUCAUGGAGGCCCCUGGGAUUUUACUUUCAAUGUCAAGUUUUAUCCUCCGGAUCCUGCUCAGCUGACAGAGGAUAUAACGAGGUAUUACUUGUGUCUUCAGCUUCGACAAGACAUCAUCUCAGGGCGGCUGCCUUGUUCCUUUGCCACUUUGGCUCUGCUGGGUUCCUACACAGUGCAGUCCGAGCUGGGGGACUACGAUCCUGACCUACACAGCACAGAUUACAUCACUGAAUUCAAACUGGCUCCAAACCAGACCAAAGAGCUUGAAGAGAAGGUUGUGGAACUUCAUAAAACGUACAGAUCCAUGACUCCAGCCCAAGCAGACCUGGAAUUCCUUGAGAAUGCAAAGAAGCUGUCUAUGUAUGGAGUUGACCUUCACCACGCCAAGGACUUGGAAGGGGUGGAUAUCACUCUGGGAGUCUGUUCCAGUGGCCUUCUUGUUUACAAAGAUAAGCUGAGAAUCAACCGCUUCCCUUGGCCCAAAGUCCUGAAGAUUUCCUACAAACGCAGCAGCUUCUUUAUUAAGAUUCGCCCAGGGGAGCAAGAGCAGUAUGAAAGUACAAUUGGAUUCAAGCUACCAAGUUACCGGGCAGCAAAGAAGCUGUGGAAAGUAUGUGUUGAACAUCACACAUUUUUCAGGCUGACUUCGACUGAGGCCAUCCCCAAGAGCAGAUUCCUGGCUCUGGGCUCCAAGUUCCGUUACAGUGGGCGGACGCAGGCGCAGACCAGGCAGGCGAGUGCCAUGAUUGACAGACCUGCACCCCAGUUUGAGCGCACAGCGAGCAAGAGAGCCUCCAGGAGCCUCGAUGGAGCUGUGGCAGUGAUAACACCUGAGAGGAGCCCCCGGCCCACCUCUGCUCCUGCCAUCGCCCAGAGCCACGUGGCUGAGGCAGCCCCAGCUAAGCCUGAUGCCAAGGAAGCCCUCGCUGCAUCAAAAGUAGAAAAGGAAGCACUGAAAGCUGAGGCGAAGCGUGAGGAGGUCCUCCCAGAGAGAGCCAAAGCAGAGCAAGCUGAGGCAUCUAAGGUGAGGAAAACGCACAUUGAGGUCACAGCACCCACUGCGGCUGGUGACCGACCCCAGCAGCCUGCAGAAAAAGAGGAAGAGCUGAUAAGAAUGAGGAAGAAGAGAUCAAAGAGACUAGAUGGUGAAAACAUUUAUAUCAGGCAUAGCAAUUUAAUGUUGGAGGAUCUAGAUAAGACCCAAGAAGAAAUAAAGAAGCACCACGCCAACAUCAGCGAGCUGAAGAAGAACUUCAUGGAGUCUGUCCCUGAGCCUCGCCCGAGUGAAUGGGACAAACGUUUGUCCACUCACUCCCCGUUCCGAACGCUCAAUGUCAACGGGCAGAUUCCGUCGGGAGCGGAUGGAGUAAAGAAAGUCACUGUCCUAUCUUCUGAGAGACAGGUUGGUUGGUGGCAGACACAGGAACGUCCUCUGUUAGUGCAGGAUGAAGACAAACUAAAAAAGCAGCAGAUCCCUACUGAGACAACAUUUCCCCAGCAAGCAAGCGAAGAAACUCUUCCAAAGGUUUCUAUUCCGAUUCCUGAAGAGCAUAAAUCACUCAAAAAGUGCCAGCUGUACUCUAGAAUUUUUCCAUCUCCACGUAUCCCCUUUAUGAUGUCUUUUCUUGUGGUGGUAGCACUGACUGUUUGGUGGCUGCUGUUUCUCUGAGUGGGAACAGGGUCAUGCAGAAACCUCAAGACCAAAGCUCCUGAAUCUCUUGGCCGUGGCAUCAGCUGCAUCCUCCUUGUCCUGGGCUCUGAUCUGCGCAGCUCGUUGCCCCUGGGGGGGGCACCCUGUGACAUUUGCUUUAAUCCUGCUGUUCUCUGUGUGGCUGUGAGCUGGGGCCUGGCAGGAGUGGUAAUGGAUUGCCGCGGAUGUCGGGAUGCCUCGGAAAUACAUGUUCCCAAUUGCAGAUGCUUGGGCUGUAAGAGGGCAGGCUGUGUGGCAGGAGGUCUCCCUCCAUGCAGCCACUGCUGAAGAUUUGCUGUUAGGCUUGUUUCAAACAUAAGGUGUUCACAAGCAGGACGUCUGAUGGUGAUCCAGAAACCCAAAGAGGCUUUUCAGCAACCUACUGAAUCCAAUCCAUAACCACUCCUUCUCCAGGAAACUAAGUCUGGCAUUGAGAUAAGUAGCAUUGAUCAUCAGUGCUGCUGUUACUGUUAACUUAGAGACAGGGACAGGCAGCUUCUCAUUCUCCCAGUGGGAAGCCCUUGGCAAAGCAUCACAGCUUCCAUCUUGUGCCCGUAUUCUCAUUUCAAAGCAACUGCAUCGUUUUGCAGGAGGAAAUGCAUUAGAAGGAAAUACUUAUUGUAAGCAGAGGUCGAUUAUUUUUCUCUCUCUGGUGGUCUUGAUAUGCCCCAGCUGUGUUCUUUUUAAUUUGUGUUGAACUAACUGUAGCAUGUUUGCUUAAGUGACAGGAAUGGGAAAACCCACUGUUACACGCGUCGCCUUUGGUAGCAUGUUGAUGUUCCAACUCUUCCAUUUACCUGAACUGUGAUAAGACCACUGUGCUCAAGCCAUAGCUCCAAUGUUAAAGCCAUCUAUUGUUUUGACUUCUCUAACAGCAACAAAAGAAACCCGUUGCAUGCUGCUUGUUGUUUAUUGCCUACCUGUGUGAUUGUCUGGGUGAUGCUCCUAUUUAUCCAAGUUAAGUCAAUAAUGAACGUGGUUGAGCUGUGUAGGGUGGGCAGAACCAGGUCUGCAAGCUGGAGGGAGGAUGGGGCUUUGUGUCCACGGGGUUUCUUUGUGUACAUAGUAAUUCUGUGAGUGAACUGAGCCACCUGCUUCUCCUUCAGCAGCAAUAUGCUUUCUGUUGCUUUCUGUAUAGUGUUGGUGUAGGAAGAGUUACUUCUGAGAACAGCCUCCAGUGCCAUCAGUGUUGGCAGCUGCUCCAACAGCGUAGAAGAGAAAGGAGGACGACUCUAUCACAGGGGCCAAAAUAUGUGACUAUAUAUAAAUACCUGUAUUUAUAACCCUUCGUAGAUCCGUAUCUGUGCGAGCAGUGUUAUUUAAGAAGUUAGCAAAUAUGCUUACAGGAAAAAAGCUCAAGGCAAACUAGGUAUGUGCACAACUUGGCAUGUGCUGGCUCAUCCUAAGGAUCCCUGUGUGUGUAGAGGCUGAGGCUCCCUAAAUGCUGUCUCAGAAAUGUAGGUUACGAGUGAAACCCUCCAUCUGAUCUCCUGGAAUCCUUCUGAUCUGUCUGCUCUCUUGUAACACGCUCCUAUUAGUUCACCAGUUUGUGCCUUUAGGACUUAAGUUUUCUGCUGAAUUCCUUGGAAAGUAUUCUUCCCGUUACAAUACACUGCCUUUAAUACACAGUCUUCCUCUUUCAGCAGUAGGGAUGGCAGAUGGAAAUCUGUUCAGCUGUACCACAGCCCAAAGGAGAGCUGUCAGCCCCAAGGAGGACAGCUGAAAUUCAGGGGCACUGUGUUAAGUGGGCCUUGGAGAGGAGAGGUGGGAGAGCCUGGACAUGGAGUGCUCCUGCAUUGCAGAAGAUGAUGGAGGGAAGAAGCUUUCCAAAAAGCUCUCUGAAACUGGAGCAUGAAUAACGAGAUGUGGGAAGCAUUGAUCCUCCACAGCAAGAAGGGACAGGGAAUGUUUUGUUCUUCCUCUGUGUGUUCUGUCCAUUUUUCAUGGAGAAGAAUUAACCACACACCUCCUGCUUCCUUCCAAAAGCCGUUGCUUGGAGUAGCGGUCACUGAGAGUUGCUUGGGUUGUUGCCCACUGUCUUUCUGAACUGAUGAUAAAUACUCUGAAGCCGUAGCAGUGGCUUUUGGUUGCUGUCUGUCUGCCAUUUCCAAAGGACCCGAAGUCUGAAAGCUUUGCCUGGUGCAGUGUUUGAACUCCAGAGUGCUGAGAGAUGCCCUCUGUUGGCCAUUGCAGCUCAGUUCUUUAAUUAAGAUGAUUUCUCUCUCUCACACUUUGUUGCUGAACCUUGAGAUAUGGCUGGAUGUUAUCAGCACAGAAAACAACUCCUUAAACUGUACGUUCAGAGAAUGCUCAGCUACGUUUAUUGGAGUUUAUUGAACAGUUAUCAUUGAAGUGCUUAAAGAAACUGAACUGAUGCUUUGUAUUUCUAGGGCAGUGUAGGGGCCAGUUGUCUGUAUUCAUUCAGGUGGAUAUGGUCUUUUGUGGCAGGGAAGGAUGGGAGCUUAUCAAGAGCAGAAACACCCCCUGGCUGAUGCUGAGGUGUGUUUUGGGAAUGUCUGCAGUCCAUUGGGCUCCAGUUUGCUCUUCCAGCCACUUCUUCCUCUUCUCUGUUUGCUUGUAUGGCAGAUGGAGCUACAGCAGUGCCCUGAAGCAACCUGCCAGGGCCUUGUUUUCGUGUGUUAUGUGUAUGGUGUGCGUUGUGCUGUGCUGGGUGAUUCCUGCUCUCGCUGCAUUUGCUGGAUGCCCAUUUGAGGCAUGGCACUGCAGGAGGCCUGCAGGGCUCUGGACCAUCUGGCUUAGUGCAAGGGCAGAGGUCUCAGGUUUUCAUUAAGGAACUUACGUGUACUGAGCUCACUUCUUCCUCAGGAACAAACAUGCUGCAAAGUACUGACAGCCCUUGUGAUUCUUUACUUCCAAAAGGAAGCUGCAGGUAUCUGCAGAUCACCUCAUCCCUGUUUGCAUGGGAAAUGCUGAUUCUUCAGGAUGAGGUGCUGCAGAAAGUGACAUCUCAGUGACUCUGACACGCCAGAAACAUGGCUGCCAUGGCACUGCCAGCAGUGUUGCUGUUCAAUAGACUUUCCCAGUGCUGUGCAGCCUGCCUUGCUGCAAUGGGACUCGUUGGUGCUCACAUGUGGGUCCCAGUGGCUGCACUAAGGGACCAGCUGAGCUUCAGCCCCUUCGUCUUGUUCCAUCCUGGAGCUGGUGGUUUGCUCUGUGCUGACUUUCUGAGUCUUACCCUGAUAUCAACUUUUCUGAUCUCUGGAUAACAGGCAGAAUAGUUUCUUGGGCUUUCAUGCUUUAGCAUGGAGUGGCCGUGUUUUCUUUUCCAUUACGAAAAGGGACAGCUGGUAUUGUCUGUACCUCCUGCUGUGUGCUGCUUUGCCCCGUGGGUUAAUGGACAACGAACUGAGGGUUCUCUAUGAGAAGAUGUGUUGGGACUUGGAGUUAAGGAUAGGAGCAGUUUCCCUUCCAGUUUGUAAAGCAACUGGCAAGGACCCUACAGGGCAGCUGCUCAGUGUUUCCUCCAGUCCUGGAAUAAAGGGGAGAGGUUGGUUUCCUUGGCAUUCCUCCUUUGUAGGAAUGAGGUCAGACUGCCCUUGCCAUAUCUGUACCUUGGGGUUCCUCAGGAAGUUUCUAGAUGAAGCAUCUUUCAGUUUGCUUAAGUGUUGGUGAUUCAUCACUCUGAGAUGAUUCCCCUGUUUCAUUGGGUUUUCUUUUCACUGGCUGUGAGCUGAUGGUGCAGGCUGAGGUAGGAUGCCUUCCAGAAAAAUAUAUCCCAAAGCAGGGGGGUUACUGAUUCAUUUGGAAAUGUUAGGUCUCUGCUUACUCGUGCUGGUGACGUGGGAGACCCCGAUGUGGUGCUUUCUCAUGUGUCCCUGUUGGCAUCUCUUGGUUUAUAACACUGGAGGGAAGGGCUGCAGGCUCUGGGUAAAGGCUGCCUGUCCUUGGGGCAGUGAUCUGUGCCCCUCUGACCUUCUAGCAGUGGUACAUGGUAGUGUUGGAUCAGUUUGUGGGGACUGAGAUUACUUUCUUUUUAACUACAAUGCUCUCUUUUGGAACACUUUUUUGGCUUUGUAUUUUUUCUCAGAUUUUUCUUUGUAAAUAUGUACAUUUAUCAUUAAUAAAUAUUAUUGCAAAUCAGAUUCUACUUUCCACUGCUUAUUAACACCAAAAGGCCUAUGGCCUGUGCUGAGACUCCUGGGGUAACCCUCACUAUUGCCAAGCACCAGCAGCCCCUGCACCAAGCAAGCUCAUGCAGUGGGAUCCAGGUGUGGGUCCGUGAGCUGUGCCCAGUUGCAGCUGCACACAUCUGGUGCAGCUUCAUGCUGCUGUGCAGAGGGGCACGAGGGCUGUUGCUGCUAGCUAUGCAUGCUUGCAGAGUGGCCAGAGUAAUUUUAUUUGGGGUUAAAUCCAGCAUGAUGCAGAAUAACUUUGUUUGGAGAGGAGCUACAAGCUUCAGCCCUCUUGAAAAUACUUAAUGUGCCUCCAAAACUUCUCACUUCUGAGUCUGAAAGAUAGGUCCAGUCGUUUGCUGGAAACCUUUGGAGUGCAGAAGCAUCACAGGUCGUGUGUCACUGCUCUGCCCCUCCAGCACCUUCACUGCUCUGCUCUGAGGUGAGGAUUGUGUUGCACCAUUGCUGUGGCUGUGGACUCGCUGGGCUGGCACAGUGCAUCUCUGGGAGUCUUUCCCCUGAUGUUGUGUUAAUUUGAGGAGAAAAAUGUUCCCUUCUUUUUCUGUAAGUGAAGCAGCCACAUUUGUAAUGAACCAGCAUCGUUCUGCUUGGCAGUGUGAGCCUUCACUUGGCUUCCAGCUGUGUCCAUGGCCAGAGGUUACGCAGAGUCAUUUUAACGUUACCUCCCAGCUUGUGUUCUGUGAGGUUAUUUCCUUUUGGAGAAAUUUGGCUUGUGCUCUGUCAGUGGGCCCAGUGUCAGAACAGGGCCUGGGCACAGCAGAUGGAGCAGGCAAAGUGCAGCAGCACAGAGCUGAUAUGUGUUGGUCAUAAACCCUGACAGUAUCCACCUUCUGUCUUCUGCUGCUGCUAAACUGAAUCUAAUGCAGUGUUUGUAUUGCCACACGUGGCUUUUUUUUUUUUUUGCUGCAGAGGAGACUUGAAAUAAGAAAUGCACAGCAGUGAAGAGGAGCUGGAGCCCGAAGGAGAUGGGGGGGAGCAGAAUGUGGGGGGAGGAAAUGCUUUUGGAACCGUCUCCCUCAGCAGCCUGAGAUUGGUAACGCAGUGCUGAUCUCAGGCUUGUUUCACGUUGCAGGGUUGAUGCAGUGCAUUGGAAGUGGCUGCUGUGUGUCUGGUAACACCUUGGGAUUCUGCUUCACAGCAGCAAUUUGAUCUUUUUCUUCAGCUUAAAGCAUGCUGUGUAUUUUCUUGCUCUGCCUUUCACUUGGGUCAAAUUCUCUUUCCCCUUUCUGUUGUCUGACCAGGGCAUUGUGAUCACAGCAAUGGCAGAAAAAAGCAGUGGUCCAAAAACUGAAAUCCAUAGGGAAUGGCAGUCACUUUCACAUGCCAAGCUUUUUUGAACAGCUUCUAAACUUUCUACGUUCUGUCUUUAAGGCAAAGCAGUUCUAUAAGAUGCAGGAGGUAUUGUAAGAGAAGGAUGUCUUGUUUUCUGCUUAAUACUGUUUACUCAUAGUGCUUUGACAGCUGUGGGAUUGACCAUUCACCAUUUGAUCUGGGAGUUCUUCCUGGUGAGUGUGGUUCUCUGCAAAAGCACCAUUAUCUGCUCGUGCCUCUGUAGCCAUCACCCACACCAGUGGCCUGCGUGCAUCUGCUUGGGGAUAACCUAAUAACAAGCACCUGGUAACUGCUGCAGUGCCAGGGUGAGCAGGGAGGUGAUGGGAAAUAGGCACUGGGACUGAGAGCAUGAAAUGUUGUUACGGGGAGUUAGCAGACACUGCUAAAUUGUUUCUUCAUGCAGGAGUGUUUUCCAGUAGAGGAAAGGUGCAGACAGCAAAGAGUGCUUAUCCCAGGCAGUGCAAGGACGGCUGCUAAACGUGGUUGUGUCCUGAGCCAGAACUGCAGGUCCUCUGACAAACACAGGCAAGAAGAACACUUCAGAAAUAAUCCUUUCUGCCUCUGGUGUCAAAGCCUGUUAUUAAUUUAUCCCCAGUCUGAGUUACUCUGUGUCACUUCUUACACUGCGGCUUUCAGAAUCAUCUCUGUCCUCCUUUUCUGCCAACGUCGGGUGUGCAGAGGUCUGUAUUCAGCAGGGUGACGUUUCAGCUGCGUCCGUGUGUGCCUGAAUUUGUUUCUUCUGGGGCACUGCAUCCCUCCUUGUGUCUUCUUUAUGCUGUGCAUGGCUGCAAGCACUCCAUGUAGCGGGGUUGGAGCAGUCUGUGGGGUUGGAGCAGUCUGUGGGGCUCCAUGAGAACGUGCAAAUCAGAGCCCUCAAAGUAGGAAUGCUUUUGCAUUUGCAAAGUGAAGCAAAAUCAUGAUAAGAUCAGAAUGUGUAACAGAUGGCCAAAUUCCGAGUGAGGUGGAUUGCUGGGAUUGGUUUGGUAUGAAGGUAAUGUUUUCUUGCCUACAUGCAAACUUCAUUUAUAAACACAGGAACAAACAUGGUCACAUUGGAAAAAAUUGUGCACAAAUAGAUAAUUAUGUGUGGAAAGAGAGAGCUCCUAAUUAGCCUGGCUUCUUGAUAGCGGCGCAGGAAGGCAAGAAUAAAAGAACUUCUGUUGAGUUGAUCUUAUCAGGAUUUCAGUCUGCAUGUCUGUAGCUGCGCUGUGCUCUGUUGCAGAUGUGUGUGGCCACACCAUGCAGAUCAUUGCAGCUUUUCUGCCCUCCUGUGCUUUCACUAUGCGAGAUGCUUCUAAAAUGCAAAUGGUUUUUCUGGAUGUGAAAGGGAGCGGUGGAGUUGUGCUUGUUGUGUGCAGCUGCUUGUCUCUUCAGUCUGUCUGUGUUUGUGUGGCUGCUUGAUCUGCUUUGUUUUAACUGUGGAUUACAUUCCUCCUUUUGGCUGACCGGGUGCCCUGGCUGCUAUGGAAGGAAUCUUGCUUCUAAGGCACUUCCCAUUAAAAUCCAUCUCAAGAUGCUGUGAUUAUUUUGCAAGCUUUGAAAUGUAAAAUUAGGAUGUCAGCGUAUGAAUCCAGGUUUUAAAGCAAGAUUAAGUAAUUAGCAUUCAAAUCUGCUAACCUAAGAUUGUAUUCUGUUUUGUGAAGCAUUGCAGUAUAAUAUCUUCUGUUACACAGCAUGAGGAUGGGGCCUUUAAAGGUCCCCUUCAACUCAAAUGAUUCUGUGAUUCUGUGAUCUGUACCUUCUGGAAAAGCACGUACAGAAGAGGUUUGUAAUCAGAAACAGCACUUCCACAUUUAUGCAGCCUGAUCUGCCCAUCACAGCACUGAUCACCAUCACUUCUCUCCUGUUAAGUGGAUUUCCCUAAGCAGUAACCCAAGAACUUAACAGAAGCCCAAGAGGCUGGAAAUGGGAAUGGACAGAAUCUUACAGGUAAUCUGUCUGUUCCAUAAAGAAGCUGGGCACUGAAAAACACCCGAGAGGAAUGGGAGAAGAGUCCUUUCUGGGAGUUCUACUAAAAUAAGCUUCUAUUUGUUCUACACAAAGCAGUUUUGCUUCUUAAAAUACUCCUGAGCUGUGCCAUUAGAUGAUGUCAGUCAGGCUGAAAGCUUCUGAUGGAUCACAGAUGCAUUGUACCAAAUAACCCACGGCCUUCAGACAUCACUUUUAAGUGCAAGUUACAGUUUGUUGGUUGCCCAGAGUCUUCGUAACAGAAGGUGAUGCAAUGCUUUCUGUUCUUCUCCAUGCCAUUGCCAAAAUUAGAAUUAAAGGUGACAACAGUGGACGAGCCACACUUGAAUGAAGAUGUAAUCACUGUUGUUGGAUAUAGAGAUAUGUGCCUGUUUUUAUAGCUUGCAGAAGUCGUCUGUGAGGCUGUCAGUUACGGGUAAGAAGUAGCAGUAGCAUUGAUUUCAGUGGCAUCUCAUUCUUUUUUUCUCCUUGUUGCCUGAUGCUCAAUGAGGCACGUGUCUCAAAUUGUACUUGCAGGUUAUUUUGCCCUUCCUCAAAGGCAUCCUAGCAUGUCCACAAGAGAAACACCAUUUCUGGGGCAUGGCUGGGUUGCAGCCAUCGCUGGCACUGAUGAUGCUCUCCUAAGCAUAAGUGUGUAUAAUCUCUUGGGCAUCUGGAAAAAUAGCCCAUUUGUGCUUCAGCUCUGUUUUGCUCAUGUUGUAACUCUUCUCUUUUUGUCACUGUUGCUUUCCUGCUGGCUAGAGGGCUCCUGGAGAGAAGACCUAGUUGGGAACUUGCUAAUGAGCUGAAUGGAAGGCAGAGAGCAGCACCAGCUUUAGCCAGCUUCUCUGGCUUCUGACAGUCUCCUGAAAUAUCCCAGGUGCCAUAGAUGUGCUUGCUUGCUCCUUGGAGGGCUGCAUUGCUUUAUUCUGUUCUUCUCAACUGCACGCCAUCACAGAUGCCUGCUGUACGUGCAGGAGGUUUAGCUAUUGCAAAGGUUUCUGUUAUCCCAGAGGCCAGCAGCAAACUGGUUGCAAGGAGUUGCAUUCCCAGGUGCUAGGAGCCCAGCAAAGCACGGGCUCUGCACACUGGUGAUGCAUGAUCCUUCUGGUUUUUAUUCCCUUAAACUCCAUGUGCACAUUUAAACAGCGUAAAAUAUGGCAAGGAGUUAAAAGCAGAAUUGAUGCAUGGCUGCAGUGUCGCUGGUGGUUUUGUCUGUGUGCAGAGGUCUCCACUUGGUACAUUGAAAUUAUUCCUGUUUCCAAACUGGGCAAAGAGUGCGAAGCGGUGGUUCUUCAUUUAGUUUUGUUUUAAUGUUAAUGCAUUACACCAUCAUUGCAUGGAUUGCUGACCUACCAGGAGGCCUGUGUCAGUGAGUCCAUCACAUUUCAAAGGUUUUCAAGCUCUUAAAUGUUCAGAAUCCACUGCUGCUGCACUCACUGAUGGAGAUGCUGUAAGAGACCAAUGUUUUGCUUCAUGUCUUCCUGUUCUUCCUAACCCUCUUUCUCUCUCUCUCUUUCUCUCUGGCCUUUUUGUGUAUCCCUU